AUGAUGACGCGUGGAUUACUUUUCGUUUCGGUGCUGGCAGUCGUGCUACUAUCCUCGAUUAAUGUCGGCGCUGAAGAGGAUCUGAAAGAAGACGCGGACUUUAACGACCAUAAAGAACAUAACCGGACGACUGCCGCGUCCAUCAAGAUCAACGGCGAGGAAUCCAAGAACAAGACGACAACGACGACGAUUUCGUUAAAAAAGGUUCAAUCUUCCUACGGAAAUGGAAAUCGACAAAACGCCACCAGGGUUCUUGCGCUUCCGCUGAGCGCGGACAUCGCGAAAGUGAUAGCCGAGGAUGCCACAGGCGACGAGGAGAAUCCUGAAGAAUUGCCAGAGGCACAAGAAUUGAAGAUUAUUAGACCAAAUUUAAGGAAACGACCCACUUAUCGACCACCUCCUCCACGUAGACCAUCUCCAACGAAUAGAAGAAACGUUUAUGCAGAUAUGACGAGGUCACCGUUGAUCAGACCACCCCGAAGGCCCACAGAUCCGAAGAGGGAUCCCACUGAGAAAGAGUGCACUUUCUUCACAAAGACAGUUUGUCUCGAGGCGGCUGAUUAUCCUCACGAAGCCAUAAUUAGAAGCUUGAGAGGCAACAAAGAGAUGGUGGCAGCCUUGCUGACUGAUUAUAAAUCGCAGGAUUUUGAUGAUUCUGGCGACAGCGUGCCAGUUUCUAUACCUCUUGGGGUCAACUACGAGAAUAAGUACGAUGGACGAUACGAGAAUCGAUUCGAUAGCAACGAAAUCAGACGGAGAUCUGAUGCGAACUUGCCGUUCGAAAACGUCGAAGAAGGCUUCACGUGUCCAUCGAUCAUCAAAUAUGCGCGUCCGCAAUUGGCCAGAGCCGCUUCCGGCAUGUGGAAAUAUAUAAUAAAUACUGGCGAACAUACGCAGACUUUGAGGUUGGAGAAGUGUCUGAAUGCACAGUCGAGUUGUUCCUUUAUUUCGGAGAAUUAUCGAUCAUCCUGCGUGCAAAUCUAUAAUUAUCACAGACUCCUAACGUGGGACAGCAAACUGGGUCUUCACAUGGACAUUUUUAAGGUGCCGUCAUGCUGUAGCUGUCACGUGCAUGGUUAUUCCGAUAUCUUUCCUCCUCAUCAAAAGGAUCCACCCCCGAAACCGAAGGAAAAAUUUCCUGGUUCCGAUUUCGCCACCACGAACGACCAAAAAGACGAUUACGAGGAUGUCACUAAUCUGAGCUAUUUGAAUAAAUUUGCAGCCAAUUUUGAUUCCUCUAUCGGCUCAAGCAAUAAAAAACCUGUAAUGGAGCCCACGCCGAGUCGACCAGCGCCAAACACCAGAGCACCUGGCUACACUGGUCCAUUGUCGAAAGGUGCGAGGCCAAGCCGACCGAACAGACCGCCAUAUAGAAGAGAAUCCACAUCACACGUCGAAGAACACACGGAAUCUGUGAGCAAUAGUUCGAAUGGAAAUAGGUAUAGUCAGCCGUACGAUUUGGACGUGGACGCCUCGUCGCGGUUACAAAAUGGCGGUUUCGACGACGAGUACCAGGAGCCACAGAGACGGGUCAACUAUAAUUACCAUCCCAUUAUAGACUUCUUUAGACCGGAGGCGUCGAUGUUGCAUUCCUCAGAAACACAAUCCGCCCUUGUUCAAGAUGAUUCGAACUCUUGGAAGCCGGUGAUAUCGUCUUAA